AUAUGUAGUAUGCACACGAGUGAGAAAUCUGCACGCACAUACAUGUCAAGUAUACGGCAAUUUUUUCGUUUUCAUAUUUUUUAAUUGACAGGAAGUAGUUCACCACACUAUUCAGCAGCAUUAUGUACUAAAUGGCAAGAGGAGUAAAGGCAGCAGAGGUUGUGAAUUCUGCUCAUCGUUCCGAAUCCCAAUGAUUCUUUAGGACAUGAUCACUGUCUAAUUGCCUUUUUAUAUUGACUUUAAAAACACGCUCAAUUUAAUUUACCAACAAUGAGUUCCAGUUAUGACAGUUUGUAUUUGGUGGAAACCACCGAAAGGAUCUUCAUCCAUCCUGCGACAUUCCAUGCUGGUGACAAGUUCAUUGUCAUUAACCGUAUUAGCGAUGAAAUUUCUAUUUCCACGGAUGAACACCUCAUUCCAGACAGGGAUCGGUUAAAAACGAUUUCCAUUUGCGGCGUUAUUGGUGCCAUUAGAAUGAUUGCGGGACCGUAUUUGGUAUACAUUAAAACGAGGGAACGUGUUGGAAACAUUGGAGGAGCUCAUGUGGUUUGGCAAAUGAAACAAUUUGAUGUAAUUCCCUUCAGGAAGAGUAUGCUACAUUUGACUGAGAAACAGAAAUCAUUCAAUAACACAUACCUGGAAAUGCUGAAAACAGUCGUUGACACUCCAAGUUUCUAUUACUCAAAUACAUAUGACUUGAGUCAUAGCAUGCAAUCAUUGGAUUCCAACUCACCGGAUUUCCUGAAACAAACGCUAGUAGAACGCGCAGAUGAGAGGUUUGUGUGGAAUAAAGUAAUGUUGGAGAAUUUUCAUCAAGGAAGAUCCGAGUUGCAGAAAUUCUGUGUUCCUCUAAUUCAUGGAUUUGUAUCCAUCACGCAAACAGAGUUAAACUCAAAGCCGUUUAAGUUUAUUUUGAUUUCAAGAAGAAGUGCUAAACGUCCUGGAACUCGACUUUUCUGCAGAGGAAUCGAUGAAGACGGAAAUGUCUCAAAUUUUGUAGAAACCGAACAAAUCAUUGAACAGGGAAUUGAUAUUGCAUCAUUUGUCCAGAUUAGAGGAUCAAUUCCACUGUUUUGGUCUCAAAGGCCAAAUUUGAAGUACAAGCCCAAGCCUCUGGUAACCCCACUAAAUCACGCAGAAGCAUACACUAAGCAUUUCCAAGAGUUGACAUUGAGAUAUGGAAAAGUCACUAGUGUGAAUUUGGUUAACCAAACAGGCUCAGAAGGCGAAUUAGAAUUAAAGUUUAAAAGUCAAUCGGAAGCGUUACAACUACAUAAUACAAGUUAUGAAGCAUUUGAUUUUCAUCACGAAUGCCGCAACAUGAAUUGGCAAAGACUUGAAGUUCUAGUAAACAGACUCACCAAUGAUCUUCAAGAAUUUGAUUACUUUAUGCGAGGCAGAAUUCGUAAACAACAAGAAGGGGUUUUUAGGACAAAUUGCAUAGAUUGUCUCGAUAGAACUAACGUUGUGCAAGGACUCCUUGCAAAAGUCAACGUAGAACUUGUUCUUCAGCGAAUGGGAAUUUUUGGAGAAGGCGAGAAGGUCCGAGAUCAUCCUGACUUUGAAUACUUGUUUAAAAACAUUUGGGCAGACAAUGGGGACAUUGUCAGUAUCGAAUAUUCGGGUACUGGGGCUUUGAAAGCGGAUUUUACUCGGACUGGUCAACGCACAUUUGCGGGUUUAAUGCGAGACGGUUUAAACGCUUCAGUACGAUACUUUAAAAAUAACUUUGCCGACGGUUUUAGACAAGAUGCAAUGGAUUUGUUUGUAGGAAACCACAUUGUUACAGAGAAGGAAGGGGCCGAACUCAGAUGUCCGUUGGACAGGAAUCGAGACUGGAAAUACCUAACGUUGCCAACACUGCUGGUCAUGUCUGUGGUAAUGUUCUUCACCGUUCUUAUAUUCCCUCAAGAGAAUACCACGGAGAACAGACUCUACAUGUUUUUUUGGGCAAUAAUGUCGGUAGCUUGCGGUGGUGUGAUUUUACACUAUGGUACAGAAUUUGUGGAUUCGCCUGUUUUAACUGAAACACCGCGGCUAACAAUGUGACUAGUUCAGGUUUGACCUUGAACCUUUAGGAACAUACAAAUUUACUAUCGACAGGUUAUGCGUACGUACGUAGUUGUUGAGUAAUCUUGUGUUUUCUUCAACUACUGUCAAUCUAAAUGUGUGAUUAUGAAACCAAAAAAAAAACAAGAAUGAAUCUACUUGAAUAAUAAUAAUACAGAUAAUAAGAA